AUGGUGGCUCGCAGCUUUGAGGCUGACCACAAUUACUCCACUUUCGGCGUUUCGGCGUUGACUAUGACACCGACGAUGGCCUCGAAAUUUUCAAAUUCCAGCUCUUCUCUCUCACCUCCAUUCCUCGGGACGUGCAAUUCAUUGCAGGUUUACAGGAAACAAUCAAAACAAAGUUUUUGGAGAAAAUUAAAGAAGAUUAGUAUGGCUGAAGGGAAGGGAACACAGAUUCCAAGAGUCAAACUUGGAAAUCAAGGACUUGAGGUAUAA